UCGAGCCGUUUUAGGUUUUUUUUCAUAGUUGUGUAUAAAAAAGCUCUUCGUCUUCUUCGUCGCGAUCAACUCGUUUUUGUUUUGAGCAGCAGCAGCAGCUAUGGUAAACGUCAGAUUCUACCGCAACUAUGGCAAAACGUUCAAGAAGCCACGGCGUCCUUACGAGAAAGAGCGUCUCGACGCCGAGUUAAAGCUUGUUGGAGAAUACGGUCUUCGUUGCAAGAGAGAGCUUUGGAGGGUUCAGUAUGCACUUAGCCGUAUCCGUAACGCUGCGAGAGAACUUUUAACUCUUGAUGAGAAGAACCCUCGUCGUAUCUUUGAAGGUGAAGCUCUUCUUAGGAGAAUGAACCGAUAUGGUCUUCUUGAUGAAAGCCAGAACAAGCUUGACUACGUUCUUGCUUUGACUGUUGAGAAUUUCCUUGAACGUCGUCUCCAAACUAUUGUCUUCAAGUCUGGUAUGGCCAAGUCCAUUCACCACGCCCGUGUUCUUAUCCGACAGAGGCACAUCAGGGUUGGGAGGCAACUUGUGAAUAUUCCAUCGUUCAUGGUGAGAGUGGAGUCGCAGAAACACGUAGACUUUUCUCUGACCAGUCCUUUCGGUGGUGGUCGACCUGGAAGAGUGAAGAGAAGGAACGAGAAAGCCGGGGCCAAGAAAGCUUCUGGUGGUGAUGGAGAUGAGGAUGAUGAAGAGUGAAAGUACCAAACCCCUAAAACCCUUAAGAUAAACGACCACCUAAAACCUACCAAUAUGCUUUUAGUUAAUAAUAUUUUGGUCUUGUUACCUCUUUUUGUGAGAUCUUUGGUUUGUUAACUAGUAGAAAAAGUGAAGUGUGUUGGUUUGGUGAUGCAAUAUAGUUUUUACUUUUUAUGUAGUGGACCAUUGUGUUCUUGAACCAUGUCACUUUCGGAUCCUUCUUAUAUAGUAGUGACUAGUGAGUAUUA